CUCCCGAUGCCUCUGCUCACAUCCGAAGAUUUGCCGCUUAUCGACUUCUUCUCUUCGACUUCAAGAUACGUAUUCCUUCUCCUCUCGAGUCAUUAUCAUCAUUCCACGCUCAUGCCUACCGGCUGACCGACAAUUUCAGAGCGGGCGACUCUAUCCAUGUCGGGACGGAACGCCCCUCGCUCGAAAAAUGCACCUGUCGCCGGCGAAAAGUGAAAUGCGGUGAAGAGCGCCCCGUCUGCAAACGCUGCUUCAACCUGCGGCUCAGCUGCGAGUGGGGGGUCCCCGUCAAACGAGGCAGCAGAGCUACGGCCGCCGUGCGACAUCUCCAACCGGCGCAACCUCGCGCCGACCCGCCUUCUCCGGCUACCUACAGUCCUGGGAUCAUUCCUGCGGCUUAUUCGAAUACUCUGGCGACACUGUGGCAUCAGCCGCCAGGGCCUUCUACGGAUUUGAACACUGGACCCUCGCUACAAACCGCCUGGUCGUUUCUCCCCCUGUAUCCCUCGCUGUCCGUGUCCGACUUGGCCUGCUCCAACUCGCUUGUCCUCUCCGAGCAUGACCAAAAAUACUUUCAGUACUUUCCGUCGUCGUCGGUGGUUUUCUACUAUAUGAAGGCUUGGCAAUGGAGUGCCUUUUGCUAUCUAUAUCAGGGACCUGCUGCGUCGAACAAGGUGAUCAUGCGCAUGAUUCUGGCCUUGUCGGCAAGUGACAUGCACCGCAGUGGGCUGGUGGUACGGUCUCCCGGCAGACCGACCGCGGAAGAUCAUGCGCGAUAUCAUUAUGGGCUGGCCGUCAAGGAGUUCCGACAGCUGCUGGAAACACCUAACCGAGAGGUGUCUCAGGCUGAACUGGAGAUGAUCCUUGCGACCAUGUUUCUGAUGGUGACGUACGAGUGGCAAUUUGGACACUGCUCGAGACAUCUACAGUUGCAUCUCCAGGGGGUGAGAUCGCUGCUCGAGUCGCAUCCAGAGCUGUUUCAGAUCAAGGAUGUAAACGAUGUACUACUAUCCAUGGACGCGGAGCAGCCAGAGGAGCCGUUCAGGGUGUCUUUUAUUCCGGAGCAGUUCUUGCUGUGGAUGUUGUACAUCGACGUGAAUAGUCGAUCAGUCGGUCUGAGCGGAUCUCUGUUUGAUUAUGUCCUGCGAUCGGGUAACCCGGCUCUUCAUCCGGACCGACUACAUCGCUGUGCGCGUCUCUGGGGUCGCUGCUUCUGGGGCAAACAGUAUCCUGACCAGGAAGUGUCCGAUGAUAUGGAGAAUUACCGGGCGCUGGAGCUGUUGCAUGAAGGCAUGUGUUUACGGCAUAAAACCUGGCAGGUACUGGUCGAUCAGACAGGUUUCAAGGAUGCCAAGUCUCUUUUCAGUGAAAUGAUGGCCAUCCGGGAGAAAUACUCGGAUCUGUUCAUCACGGCCAAAUUCGCCGGUGCGACUUCCCCACGUCGCACCCUCAACACCAUCAACAUGGCGGUCGCCACCUUUUACGCUCAGCUCCUUUUCCACCGGCGACUACUCUACUCCACGGUCCCCGCAACCGCCCUGCACCGCCAGGCUCUGACCACCAUUCUCGAGAUUUCCCAGAAGCAGUGUGUUGCCGACCCCCGACUGUUGCGCCGUCUGCAUUGGCCGAUGCUCAUGGCAGUCAUCGAGACGGAGGACCUGGUGGCGCGCGACUGGCUUCGGCAGCGCCUCAGCGAGCUCCGCGAGUACCACUCGGAGUACAUUUGGGCGAACGAGAUCGCGGACGACGUACUAGCUCGCCAGGAGAUGAGCGGGCAGCCGGUGGAUUUGGCGGACGUUCUACGACGUCAUCUAUACCAAUAG